CGAAGGGAAGCCAAUGCACAAAGUGUAAUUGUUCCGCGCCAGGACGCCCCUUUGGAGGAGCGCUCUGAGGGCCCUAAUUAACAGCUUCUCCUGAUGCGCAUGCGCGCUGCUCGCCGCAGAUUCAGUGCACAAGUUUAGGCUUGAGGGGCGCAGAGGCAUCGCACCUACCGCGCACUCACACGCAGAAGUGAACCCAUCAACCUGGGCCACCGUCGCUUUGCGCACGCGCCAUUUGAGGUAGCGGCGCGUUUCCCGCCAGGCUAGGGGGCGUGACGCCACGCGCAGCUUGAUGACGAUACCGCGGCGCCGGGUAACUGAAUGGUGGCCGCAGACGGUGAGAUGAACGAAACUAUGGACUCCACAGUGGUUUCCUAAGACAGCCAUUUUCAACUCUCCACGGGAGGCUGCUAUGGCGUUCCCUCACCUGCAGCAGCCCAGCUUCCUGCUGGCUAGCCUCAAAGCUGACUCUAUAAAUAAGCCCUUUGCACAGCGGUGCCAGGACUUGGUUAAAGUCAUCGAGGAUUUUCCAGCAAAGGAGCUGCAUGCCAUCUUCCCGUGGCUGGUAGAGAGCAUUUUCGGCAGCCUGGAUGGCGUUCUCCUCGGCUGGAACCUCCGCUGCUUGCAGGGACGCGUGAGCCCUGUAGAGUACAGCCUCGUGAUGGAAUUUCUAGACCCUGGUGGCCCAAUGAUGAAGUUGGUUUAUAAACUUCAAGCUGAAGACUAUAAGUUUGAUUUUCCUGUCUCCUACCUGCCCGGCCCCGUGAAGGCGUCCAUCCAGGAGCGCGUGCUCCCUGACAGCCCUCUGUACCACAACAAGGUCCAGUUUCCCCCCGCCGGGGGCCUCGGCCUGAACCUGGCCCUCAAUCCGUUCGAGUAUUACAUGUUCUUUUUCGCUUUGAGCCUCAUCACUCAAAAGCCACUCCCUGGGACCCUCCACGUCCGUACUUCAGACUGCGCCUAUUUCAUCCUGGUGGACAGGUACCUGUCGUGGUUCCUGCCCACAGAAGGCAGCGUGCUCCCCCCGCUCUCCUCCAGCCCAGGGGGGCCCAGUCCCUCCCCAGCUCCCAGGACACCAUCCAUGCCUUUCGCUUCCUACGGCCUCCACCACACCAGUCUCCUGAAGCGACACAUCUCUCAUCAGACAUCUGUGAACGCAGACCCUGCGUCCCAUGAGAUCUGGAGGUCAGAAACUCUGCUGCAGGUUUUUGUUGAAAUGUGGCUUCAUCAUUACUCCUUGGAGAUGUAUCAAAAAAUGCAGUCCCCUCAUGCCAAGCUGGAGGUUCUGCACUACCGACUCAGUGUCUCCAGCGCCCUUCACAGCCCUGCCCAACCCAGCCUCCAGGCCCUCCACGCCUACCAAGAGUCAUUCACGCCCACCGAGGAGCACGUGCUGGUGGUGCGCCUGCUGAUCAAGCACCUGCACGCCUUCUCCAACAGCCUGAAGCCCGAGCAGGUCUCUCCCUCCGCCCACUCCCAUGCUACCAGCCCCCUGGAGGAGUUCAAACGGGCUGCCAUCCCGAGGUUCGUCCAGCAGAAGCUCUACCUUUUCCUGCAGCACUGCUUUGGCCACUGGCCCCUGGAUGCAUCGUUCAGAGCUGUCCUGGAGAUGUGGUUAAGCUACCUGCAGCCCUGGAGGUACGCGCCCGACAAGCAGUCUCAGAGCAGUGAUGGCCAGGCUCGCUGUGUGUCGGAGAGAUGGGCACCCUUUGUGCAGGAAAACCUGCUGAUGUACACCAAGCUCUUCGUGGGCUUCCUGAGCCGUGCACUGCGCACCGACCUGGUCAGCCCCAAGAACGCACUCAUGGUGUUCCGAGUGGCCAAGGUCUUUGCCCAGCCCAACCUAGCUGAGAUGAUCCAGAAAGGCGAGCAGCUGUUCCUGGAGCCCGAGCUCGUCAUCCCCCACCGCCAGCACCGGCUCUUCGCGGCUCCCACGUUCCCCGGCAGCUUUCUGUCGUCUUGGCCACCGGCCGUCACCGACACCUCUUUCAAGGUGAAGAGCCACGUUUACAGCCUGGAAGGCCAGGACUGCAAAUACACCCCGAUGUUUGGGCCAGAGGUCCGGACACUGGUGUUGCGCCUGGCCCAGCUCAUCACGCAGGCCAAGCAGACAGCCAAGUCCAUCUCCGACCAGUGUGGGGAGAGCACAGCCGGUCGCCCUUUUCUGUCAUGGCUGGGCUUCUUCUCAGACACAAACAGCUCCUACCCAGCCAAUGACCUGGACGACAUGGGGCAGGACAGUGUCCGCAAGACAGACGAGUACCUGGAAAAGGCCCUGGAGUACCUGUGCCAGAUGUUCCGACUCAGUGAGGCCCAGCUCGCCCAGCUCACUCUCGCCUUGGGGACGACUCAGGAUGAGAAUGGCAAGAAGCAGCUCCCCGACUGCAUCGUGGGUGAGGACGGACUCAUCCUCACACCCCUGGGUCGGUACCAGAUCAUCAACGGGUUGCGAAGAUUUGACAUUGAAUACCAGGGGGACUCAGAGCUACAGCCCAUCCGGAGCUAUGAGAUUGCCAGCCUGGUCCGCUUCCUCUUCCGGCUGUCCUCCACCAUCAACCACAGGUUUGCAGGCCAGAUGGCAGCCCUGUGCUCCCGGGCAGACUUCCUCGGCAGCUUCUGUAGAUACCACCUCAUGGAGCCUGGGCUGGCUAGCAGGCACCUGCUGAGCCCUGUGGGGCAGGGGCGCACGGCCAAUCGUGUCCGGGGCCCCAGGCUCAGCCUGCGCUUCCUGGGCAGCUACCGAACGCUGCUGUCACUGCUGCUGGCCUUCUUUGUGGCCUCUCUGUUCUGCAUCGGGCCCCUGCCCUGCGCCCUGCUCCUCGUGCUGGGCUACUUCCUCUACGCCGCGGCCAUGACACUACUGACCGAGCAGGGCAAGCCGCACCAGCUCUGACCACAAGCCAGCCACUGUCCCCACACGGCCCUUCCUGUGUUCGUGGGAGUCCACCUCCGAGCCUGAGCCCUGUCAUCUUCACACUUCUGGGGGGCGCUUUCCCAUAGCCUCUGAAGCACUGGGAAGAGACCCUGAAAAGAAGGUGUGCAGGCCAAGCUCAGCCCAGAAGGGAGCAGUGCCCGGGGGCCCCCGAGUUGGCGGGACAGGAGCAGUCCAGGGCCCGGCCCCUGGGCCUCCCUCCUCCCCGCAGUCAGAGGCCCCGCAGCGAGAUGGCUUUCCAGGCCUUUCUCUUUUUCACCCGUGUCAGGAUUUAGCCAUGUGAAGCCAGGGCCCUUGAGGUGGGCAGUGUGACAUGAGUCUCCUCUCCCCAGGUGACACCAGACAGUAGCUCAGCCUCUGGCUGCAGAGGAAUCAAAGAUCCGAAAAGAGAUCGCUGAGGAAAUUAAGUGAUGGUUCUUCAAUUCCUAAUUUUAAAACAAAGUUUUGCCACCACACUUGGCAAAGCAAGGGUCAGUCUGCGUUCUAGCAAUUCGAAGCUUGGGCAACACAGUUCGGCUUCUGAGGAGAAGAGAUUCUUUAGGAGCCCAGGUGCUGGGGGGGUUGGCGGUGGCUGUGCCCCCACCUGGCCGGAUAGGACUCUCCUCCCCUGCAGGCAUAGGGGACACGACAGGACCUCCAGGUUCAUUCUGCCAGCCUCUGGUCUACAACCAAAGAUGACCAAAAGCAUUGUUUGUACCUUCAAUAAAAUCAAGUGCACAAAGAUAGAACCUUUUGAUACCA